GUCAGAGUGCAUUUGAAGCAGACAUUGACGCGCAUGCGUGCGGGAUAGUGAAGCUGAGCGAGAGCUUGCAGUUGAUGGGUGUGUGAACGAGGGCUGGAGUUAGUCUUUACCGGACACCAAUGGAGAAAAGCUAAUGGCGUCUGAACUGGAGAUGGGAAAAUGUCCACCACAGAAUGCUGGAAAUGCAACCCAAGUGCAGAAUACUCCCCCCAACACUCACAUCUUGGGAAGUGUGAACACCCAAACAGUUGGCUUGUUUAACUCUCCCUCAAAUGCCUGCUGCUUCUGUUGGUGUUGCUGCUGCAGCUGUUCUUGUCUGACAGUACGCUCUGCUAAGGAGGAAAAAAAUCUGACGACGAUCUCCGAAAAUGAAGAGGACGUUGAUACCAACCAAAUGCCUCAGCUCACCCUGGAAGAGGUACACACAUGGGGAGAGUCAUUUGAGCGGUUAAUAAAAAGUGCACAAGGUCGUGUGCACUUCCGACAGUUUCUUAAGACUGAGUUUAGUGAAGAAAACCUGAUGUUCUGGCUCGCCUGUGAGGAUCUAAAUAAAGAGACCAACAAAACCAUGGUAGAACAGACUGUGAAACAAAUAUAUGAGGACUACGUUUCUGUAUUGUCACCUAAAGAGGUAAGUCUGGAUUCACAUGCACGUGAAGUGAUCAACAGGAACAUGCUGGAACCCUCAUCAUGCACGUUUGAUGAGGCACAACAGCAGAUCUACAAGCUCAUGCAGCGAGACUCCUACCCACGAUAUAUGAACUCCAGCAUGUACGCAGACCUCAUACAGAGCCUUGAACAAGUCAAUGAGUCUUAACAUACAUAUAUGAAUGUACACAAGACCUAGACUUUAGACACAUGCAUAUUACACUUCCCUGAAGACCAGAUAGAUCCCUUUGGCCCCGUUUACACUUACCAUCCAUCCCAAGUGAUCAGGUCAGCCAAGACAGACUGGCAUAGACAUCUGGUAUUUACACACAUAUCAACUGCAUCUCCUGUGACCACUUGUUAUUGUAUUUUGUUGACAGA